AUGUGGGCUAAAACACUCCCUGGCAAGGGCCGUGAAGGCUCUAUAUAUUUAUUUAAAAAGCACUGCGAGCAAGGCACUUUACACCCCACCCAACACUCUAACCCAGAAAGGCAUUUUACACCCCACCCCAGCCAUCCAUUUUACACCCCACCCAAGCAAGGCAUAUACACUCCAACCCAGCAAGGCACAUUACAUUCCAACCCAGCAAGACACUUUACACUCCAACCAAGCAACAUACUUUACACCCCACCCCAGCAACGUACUUUACACCCCACACCAGCAAGGCACUUUACACUGCAACCCAGCAAGGCACUUAACACUCCAACCCAGCAAGGCACUUUACACUCCAACCCAGCAAGGCACAUUACACUCCAACCCAGCAAGGCACAUUACACUCCAACCCAGCAAGGCACUUUACACUCCAACCCAGCAAGGCACUUAACACUCCAACCAAGCAAGGCACUUGACACUCCAACCCAGCAAGGCACAUUACACUCCAACCCAGCAAGGCACUCUACGCUCCAACCCAGCAUGACACUUUACACCCCAACCCAGCAACAUACUUUGCACCCCAACCCAGCAAGGCACUUUACACCCAACCCCAUCCAUCCAUUUUACAACCCACCCCAGCAAGGCACUUUACACUCCAACCAAGCAAGGCACAUUACACUCCAACCCAGCAACGUACUUUACAUCCUACCCCAGCCAGCCAUUUUACACUCUAACCCAGGAAGGCACUUAACACUCCAACCCAGCAAGGCACUUUACACUCCAACCCAGCAAGGCACUUUACACUCAAACCCAGCAAGGCACUUUUCACCCCAACCCAGCAAGCCACUUUACACUCCAACCCAGCAAGGCACAUUACACUCCAACCCAGCAAGACACUUAACACCCCAACUCAGCAAGGCACGUUACACUCCAACCCAGCAAGGCACAUUACACUCCAUCCCAGCAAGCAAGGCACUUUUCACCCCAACCCAGCAAGACACUUUACACCCCAACCCAGCAAGGCACGUUACACUCCAACCCAGCAAGACACUUUACACCCCAACCCAGCAAGGCACGUUACACUCCAACCCAGCAAGGCACUUUACACCCCAACCCAGCAAGGCACUUUACACUCCAACCCAGCAAGACACUACACCCAACCCAGCAAGCCACUUUACACCCCAACCCAGCAAGACACUUGACACUCCAACCAAGCAACGUACGUUACAACCCACUCCAGCCAGUCAUUUUACACCCCACCCAAGCAAGGCACUUUACACCCCAACACAGCAACAUACUUUACACUCCAACCCAGCAAGACACUUUACACCCCAACCCAGCAAGAAACUUGACACUCCAAACCAGCAAGGCACUUUACACCCCAACCCAGCAAGGCACUUUACACUCCAACCCAGCAAGACACUUGACACUCCAACCAAGCAACCAAUAUACUUUACACCCCAACCCAGCAAGGCACUUUAUACCCCACCCCAGCCAUCCAUUUUACACCUCACCCCAGCAAGGCACUUUACACUCCAACCCAGCAAGGCACUUUACACUCCAACCCAGCAACAUACUUUACGACCCCACCCUAACCAGCAGUUUUACACCCCAACCCAACAGGACACUUUACACUCCAACCCAGCAAGGCACUUAACACUCCACCCAAGCAUUGCACUUGACACUACAAUCCAGCAAGGCACUUUACACUCCAACCCAGCAAGGCACUUAACACCCCAACCCGGCAAGGCACUUAACACUCCACCCAAGCAUUGCACUUGA